UUAUAAUCACCUCCAUCUCCCCGGUCCAACAAUGCAAGCAAUGGGAAAUCAGGAGGAAGACGAGGGCGGCUCAAGCACAAAGCUGUCAGGAUUCAAUGAAGAGACCACAGCUCCAAAUGAGUCACCUCCUUGUAAGAAGAAAGCCUUAGAUGCACUGUUUGGCGAUUCCUUCACCCAAAGAGAAAGAAAAUCCACAAGCGAGACAGCCAGAGCAGAGGUGAUAAGGUACCGAGCAAAAGAUGCGUUGCCUUUGACUGAAAAUGCCAUGAAGUGGUGGAGAUCUCAGGAGAAAGAGCUACCUCUACUUUCAACCCUUGCUAAACGGUACCUGCGUAUUCCAGGCACCAGUGUGCCAGCACAGCGAGUUUUUAGUGCUGCUGGCGACAUCGUGAAUGCGCAGAGGAGUGUUCUGCGGCCAGAUCAUGUUGAUCAGUUAAUCUUUUUGAAAAAAAAAUCUGUACGUUCAUUUAAGAGUCGUUGGUAACACCUCUUCUUUUGUUAAAAAUUAGUGUACUGCUGUUUGUUUAGUAGUAGCAGCACUAUUUUUGAUGUUGUAUUUGUAUUAUUUCUGUGUUAAAAAAAAUGUUGGUUGCACUUUGUUUUAUUUUAAAAUUGUAUUUAUUAUUUCUAUGUUAAA